UUCGGCUUCAAAAAGAAUGUCGGGAAAACGCAAAUCGCCACCGAAUAAAUUUGAUGGCGACUCAAAUAGCUCACAAGACUUUGAAGGAGCUGCAACAGAGACUGGACAAGAAUUCAGUUUCCAGUUGAACUUAAGCGAAAUUGCACUUUCCGCUGCUAAGAUGCAACAACAGUUUUUCAACAAUAACAAUAAUUAUAAUGACAAUGAUAUAUCCGGCUGUAAUAUUUUGAAAACUAGCGACGGCAUCGGCGACGGCGACGGCGACGGCGACGAAGACGACGAGGGCGAAGGCGAGGAUGAGCACGAGGUCGAUGUUGAGGGCAAGAGUCUGGAAUUUAUGGGGCUAGGAAUGGGUCCAGUAUCGGCUAGCGAUGGCGAGCUCACAUAUUUGGACAUUGACACAAGGAGCAUUAGUCCACGAGCUAGUUCCAAUGAAUCGGAACUUGAGACUGUUAGUCAGUCAGCUCAUGAAAUUGUAACGUCAAAGAAACGUAUCAAAAAAACGUCAAAGUCGCGAUUACUAAAUGGCAUUUUGAAGAUGGGGCCAGCUCCUGAGAUCGAUAUUCAGGUCAUGCAUGAUCAAAAAUCUCUUAACAUAGAUACCCUUUCAACGUACUCGAAGCAGUGCACCAAUGAUGAGAGUCACUAUAGUGGUCUGAUAAAGCAAGAACUGAAUGAUAAGCCGGACACAGAUGCAAAAGAUCAAAUAAUGGAUCUGGAUCAGGAUGUUAUCGGCGCAAAGCAGCAGCGUCAUUUUCAUCACUUACCACUUACUCGAAAUCCAGUUUCCACCUCUAAGUUUUUGGAUGGCGAGCAAUAUACACCCAACCGAACGGAACUGCCAACUCUCAGUGACCCUCCUGCUUCUUCAGACAUGGACACCUUUGGCAAGCAAAGUCUUUCAGACGACAGCUCCUCGAUGCUUAAGCCUCUAAGUGAUAAUGCCGCGUUGAUUGCAAGAGGACAAUCGCAGCGAACAUAUGAAAAGGAUCGCACUGUCUCGGAAAUGAUUCGCCAUCUGCAGCUGAUUCGAAGCAGAUUGAUCAGCCAGGCACAGUUCGAAGGCAUGACCGACAUUGAGGCAAACAUACAGCAGCAACAGCAACAGCUGCAGAAUGUGCAACGGAUGCACCAGGAGAACUGCCUGCAGGAACUUCAUCAGCAGCUGAGCGCUCAAUUCGGUACAGGCAGAUUCGCUGCGCAACAUCAACAGCAGCAUCAACAGCAGCAUCAACAGCAGCACCAACAACAUCAUCAACAGCAUCAUCAACAGCAUCAGCAUCAACAUCAAGCUGCGGCUGCGUUGCCCAGCAAUUUAGUGCCAUUUUUGCCAUUCUUGCGUCCACCUGUGCCCAUAAUGCCUGGUCACGUGGCGACAGCCCAAUCGCAUUACAGUCACAAUCCCAGCCACGCCCAUGCACACAGCCAUGCCCACGCCCACGCGCACGCCCACGCCCACGCCCACGCCCAUAAGUUGACAAUGCAGCCGAUGUGGCCUACAGCGGCAGUUGCUGCGGCUCACAUUCAAGCAGCAUUGGCUGCCGCAGCCGUGGCUGCCACCACCACCGCCAACAACAACAACAAUAAUAACAAUGCGAAUAAUAGUAAUAAUAAGUACAGCAAUAGCAGCGCAAAAUAUUCAAUUGCCGAUGCAACGGAUCAGAGCUCGAUGGAUACCUUGGAGCUGGCUGGCGCCGAAUGUGUUGUUGAGACUAAAGCAUCUGCAUCAGCAUCUGCAUCUGCAUCUAGGUCGGGCUCACCUUUGCGAGAUCGCUCAACCGUGCACACAUUUAGCCACAAUACGCCACCGGACUCACCUGGUCUGGCAACGCACAGCCCGUUGGAUAGUUCAAUUUCAAUAAAGUUUCCAUCAUCGCCGGCGGAACAUCGAAGCAAGGAGUCUGAAGCGUUAAGCUCUGAAAUGGAUGCACCACUUAACCUAUCGAAGCCUAAGGGUUCACCUGACUCGUCCCCGAUUAGCGCCGGCCUGAGGCAUCAGCGGGAACGAGAGAGAGAGCGAGAGCGUGAGCGCCUAACACCCAUUGUUCCCAGCCCACCUUUGAACUGGCAGCAGGUAGGCCAAGCGGUCUCAGUUACUCCCCAUCAUUCACAGCAAUCCGCAUCCGCUUCCUUAUUCGCCGAUGUCGAGGCUAGCUACUUACAAAGCCGCGGUCGCUUAUGGAGUGCAAGCACUGGCAGUGGCCCAGAGCCAAAUCCCAAUUUAUCGAGCGGCGGUGGCGGCGGCAUCAGCGUCGCCGUCGUUGGGGGAAGGGUAGGAGGGUCAAGUGCUCGAGUAGCCCGGACAAGUCGUGAUUCCUUAAACAGCUGUGGCACCAGCUCGGAGCGAUCGGCUGCAUUGGAUGCAGAAUGCCAAGCACAUGGCCAUGCCCAACUGGGUGGACAGACGCAGCGACAUGGCCAUGGCCACAGUAAGCCUCACAUUAAGAGGCCAAUGAACGCGUUCAUGGUCUGGGCUAAGGACGAGAGGCGAAAAAUAUUAAAAGCCUGCCCGGACAUGCACAACUCAAAUAUAUCGAAAAUCUUGGGCGCCCGCUGGAAAGCGAUGUCGAACGCUGAUAAGCAGCCCUACUACGAGGAGCAAUCGCGUCUCUCCAAGUUGCAUAUGGAACAGCAUCCCGAUUAUCGCUAUCGUCCACGCCCCAAACGCACUUGCAUUGUCGAUGGCAAAAAGAUGCGCAUAUCCGAGUAUAAAGUGCUAAUGCGCAAUCGACGUGCGGAAAUGCGACAGCUUUGGUGUAGAGGCGGCGGUCCGGCAGGUGGCAGCUCCAAUGGCCAUAGCCAAGAGGCUGGUUCCGCCGUGCAGGCUGCAGCAGCGGCCGCUGCUGCCGCCUACCAUCUGCAGGAGAUGACCCAAGCCAUUGUUGACGAUUGUGAGACGCCACCGCCGCCGGCUCAAUUGCUAGACUCCAGACCCGUCGCAAGCAGCAGUAGCAAUUAUUAUUAUCCACCGGAAAGCUUAUCGCCAUCGGGUUUCUCGUCUGAGGAUAUGGAAAUAGCAUCACUGCGAGAUGAAGAUUAAGCAGCCUGUCUAUAACCAAACCUCCGCCAAGACAGUUGCAAAAGGAAAGGCAAUUCGGCCGGAUUAAGAUAAAUUUUACUUUUGCUUGUAAAUAUAAAAAAACAAGUUAGAAUCUUUGUAUAGGUCUUUAAGUUUCAGUUCAAGUGCCAUCAUACACACACACCCACACAAACACAAACACACACACAUGCGCG